GUCCUCGACCGGGUGAUGGAGAACCUCAACAGGGAUGACCGCAGAGCCGUCGUACCACUCGGCCAGGGCGACCCCUCCUCGUUCCCCUGUUUCCGGACUGCACAGGUCGCGGAGGACGCCGUCGUCGAUGCAGUCCGCUCGGCCGAGUUCAACUGUUACGCCCCCACCGUCGGCAUUCUUCCCGCUAGAAGGGCCAUUGCCGAUCAUCUCUCGCGUGACCUCCCUUACAAAUUAUCACCGGACGAUGUCUACCUGACGAUAGGAGGCACGCAAGCCAUCGAAGUCAUAGUGACGGCCCUCGCUCGCCCCGGCGCCAACAUUCUGCUUCCGAGGCCCGGAUACCCGUGCUACGUCGCACGCGCGGCGCUCUGUGGCCUCGAGGUGAGGUAUUUCGACCUCCUCCCCAACAGGGGCUGGGAGGUCGAUCUCGAGCGCAUGGAGGAUCUUGCGGACGCAAACACUGUCGCGAUGGUGAUCAUCAAUCCCGGCAAUCCGUGCGGAACUGUCUUUAGCUACCAACAUCUGAAGGAGAUUGCCGAAACGGCUAGGAAGCUUGGAAUCAUGGUGAUUGCAGAUGAAGUCUACGACCAUCUAGCUUUUGGGGAUACGCCAUUCGUGCCCAUGGGUGUUUUUGCAUCGAUCACGCCCGUCUUGACGGUGGGCUCCCUAUCAAAGAGGUGGAUAGUCCCCGGCUGGCGACUCGGUUGGGUAGCAACGAAUGAUCCGAACGGCUUUCUGAAGGAUACCGGGGUUGUCGAGUCCAUUGUAGGAUUUCUAAAUGUAUCCCCCGAUCCUACAACCUUUGUUCAGGCAGCGAUUCCUCAGAUACUCGAGAGAACGAAUGAGGAAUUCUUCUUGAAAGUUCUUCGCAUGCUAAGAGAGGGAGCGGAUAUAUGUUAUGACAAGAUUCAAGAGAUUCCUUGCCUCGCAUGCCCGAAAAGGCCCGAAGGGUCCAUGUUUGCUAUGGUCAAGUUGAAUUCAUCACUGUUGGAGGACAUAGAGGACGACUUGGAUUUCUGCGUCAAGCUGGCUAGAGAAGAGUCCGUUCUCGUCCUACCUGGGAUGGCUUUGGGAAUGAAGAACUGGCUGCGCAUAACCUUCGCCGUGGAGCCGUCUUCCCUCGAAGAUGGCCUUGAGAGGAUGAAAGCUUUCUGCCAUAGGCAUGUCAAGAAACAACACACGGGAUCUAUACUGGAGGUCGAGUUCGAGAUUGGAUGGUUGCCGAUGGUGGUUUGGAAGCUCGGCAGUGGCGGCGGCGAAGGUGACGUCAGCGGGGUGUUGGUGGCUGUGGGGCAGACAACGGUUGUUGAUGGUGGCGGAGUGUGCCGCAGAUGGUCGGUUGCCGGCGGUGGUGUUAAGUUGGGGGCAGGGGAAGUUGAAGUUGUAUUAAAUGGUGGAAUUUAA